CGGGCGCGGGGCGGCUUCCUGCAGGCAGGCGGCGCCGGGGCGAGCCGUUUGCCCGCUGCAGCCACCGCCGCCGCCGCUGCCGGGUCGCGGGGGCCGCGGCGCUCGGGGCCGCGUCGGUGCCACCCGGGCGCGCUGCGCGGCCGUCGCUGCUGCCCGCGCUGGUGCCGCCGCCGCCGCCGCCGCCGCCGCUGCCGGUUACGCCAGCUCCGCCGCCGCCGCCCGCUCUGAUUCUGCGCAUAGGCAGCCCCCAAGCCUGUCAUUCUGCAAAAACACAGUUUACUCCACACGCCGCGCGCGCACACACACACACACACAGACACUCACACACACAGUCACACACACACUCACACACACACACACCCGCGCGCACACACGCGCACCCUCGCCCCCCGCGCACACGCACGGAGGAGGGCGCGAGCGAGGAGCCGACGCGCACCCCCGGCGAGCCAAGUUCCGCAGCCUGGCAUGGCUUCUGGGGACCUUUACGAGGUCGAAAGGAUUGUAGACAAGAGAAAGAACAAGAAAGGGAAAUGGGAGUACCUCAUCCGAUGGAAAGGCUACGGGAGCACGGAGGACACGUGGGAGCCAGAGCACCACCUGCUGCACUGUGAGGAGUUUAUCGAUGAGUUCAACGGGCUGCACGUGUCCAAGGACAAGAGGAUCAAGUCAGGGAAGCAGGCCAGCACCUCCAAGCUCCUGCGCGAUAGCCGAGGCCCAUCGGUGGAGAAACUCUCCAGCAGACCUUCAGAGUCUGGGAAGAGCAAGGGGACUUCUCAUAAACGGAAGCGAAUCAACCCUUCCCUGUCCAAGCCGAAGAAAGGGUAUCCCGCCAAGCCCCCUGCGGCAGGUGACAGGGCCGCCAAGACGGUGUCUUACAGGACUACCCCCAGUGGUUUGCAAAUAAUACCCCUGAAAAAGGCUCAGAAUGGAAUGGAAAACGGGGACACUGGAUCCGAGAAGGACGAGAGGCACUUUGGAAACGGGUCCCACCAGCCCGGCUUGGAUUUGAAUGACAUCGGUGAGCAAGACCUGGGCGAGUGUGAGAUCACCCAUGCGGCACUGGCAGAGAAUGGGCUCGGCUCUGCUCUGACCAACGGGGGAUUAAACAUGCACAGCUCGGUGAAGAGGAAGCUGGACACGGAGAAGGACUACGUCUUUGACAAGAGGCUCAGGUACAGCGUCCGCCAGAACGAAAGCAACUGUCGGUUUCGGGACAUUGUCGUGCGGAAGGAAGAGGGGUUCACGCACAUCCUGCUGUCCAGUCAGACCUCAGACAACAACGCGCUGACCCCCGAGAUCAUGAAGGAGGUCCGGCGAGCCCUCUGCAAUGCGGCCACAGAUGACAGCAAGCUGCUACUCCUCAGUGCGGUGGGCAGCGUGUUCUGCAGCGGCCUGGAUUACUCCUACCUAAUUGGCCGGUUGUCCAGUGACCGGCGAAAGGAGAGCACCCGCAUUGCAGAAUCCAUCAGGGACUUUGUGAAGGCCUUUAUCCAGUUUAAGAAGCCCAUCGUGGUGGCAAUCAACGGGCCCGCCCUGGGCCUGGGUGCCUCCAUCCUGCCCCUCUGCGACAUCGUGUGGGCCAGCGAGAAGGCCUGGUUUCAGACCCCCUAUGCCACCAUCCGCCUCACGCCCGCCGGCUGCUCCUCGUACACCUUCCCCCAGAUCCUGGGUGUCGCGCUGGCCAAUGAGAUGCUCUUCUGUGGGCGGAAGCUCACUGCCCAGGAGGCUUGCAGCAGAGGACUGGUGUCCCAGGUCUUCUGGCCAACCACGUUCAGCCAGGAGGUCAUGCUGAGGGUCAAGGAGAUGGCGUCCUGCAGUGCACUGGUGCUGGAGGAGUCGAAAUGCCUUGUCCGCAGCUUCCUGAAAUCGGUGCUUGAAGAUGUGAAUGAGAAAGAAUGCCUCAUGCUGAAGCAGCUCUGGAGUUCCUCCAAAGGCCUGGAUUCCUUGUUCAGCUACCUGCAGGACAAAAUCUACGAAGUCUGAAGGGCCCUGGCUCACUUGCCACAAUGAUCAAGGGCACGUGACUUCCGGCUUUUGCCCUGUGUUUCAGAAAUCGGAGCCCAGUGUAAGCCCGGCCAAGGAGUUUGUCAAGGUGUCUCUAUACCUAGGGUUGUGUUAAUUUCUUUGUUUGCAUUGGUUGUUCUUCAUUGGUUUGACUUUGUGUAACAGAUGGGAAACACAGUGUACUUGGCCUCCCCAGUGUCCCUACCCCCCUGGCUAGAGAGCUAUGAGGGCUAUAUCUUCCCAGGCCUCUGCCAGGUACUGUCCUGUCCCCACUCGUUGAAAUGCACCAUCCAAGUCCAAGAAGGGGAAGACCAGUUUCCCCAUUUUUCUGACUCAGACUGCGUCUGCACAGUGCCUCUUCUGGAGACUGGGCCAGAAUGCACGUUCUGGUUACGUGCAGAUCAGGGGAAGGGAGACGGUCCAUCUUAGGGAAUUUCCAGACGGAAGAGCAAAACAAUAGUGUAGAGCCAGUCUCAGUCUCCUCUCUGAUGCAAAUCUGUAUAACUUUUAGGGCUUGGUCUUAAAACCCACCCGAGUGAUUUACAAAACCAGAUAUUGUACAUUUAGGAAUGUUUUGUUAAAUAUAUAUAUUUUUAAAACAAUGUAAGUGGAAAUUCUGAUAAUUUAUGUGUAUUAUAUGUAAAGCUAGUUUUGCAAAAACAUAAACUCCUAGGAAAAUGUUUUUUUUUCUCUUUAAUCAGACUUAUUUAAUUUAUUUAUUUUUGUUUAUAUAUUAUGAUAUCUGUCUUCACACAGAUACUAUUUUCAUACUGCCCUGGACCAAAUCCCAUGUGAGGUUUAUGCACUGUAGCAAGGAACCAUGUAGAAAUAAAAUUCAGAGAGAUGAAAGUGGGAGGAUGUCUGCAGCCAAAAGGAAUCGCUCUGUGCCAGGUUCUCGGCUUGUAGAAUGGUUCUUGAUAUAAUGAGGGAAUCCUUGUUCUUAGGAGAAACCAGGGAUGCGCUUUAUCUUCACUCUGCAGCCCCUGAGUGUCCUCAGAGGCUCUUUGCUCACUUGUCUUCUCUCUUCCUAUGUUAAUCACCCAUCUCUCAUGACCCUUCCUUGGAGAGUUGAGUGAAGCAGCAAGAGUUGGGCUUAGCUGGGGGAAGGGAGGUGGGCUGAGCAAUGGAGGGUCAUUGCUAUGGUUGGUUAUGUAUCUCCGACUGGUCCUUUUUCUUUCUGGAAGAUGACCAGGCAGAUAGAGAGGCUCAAGGCUCUGAGCUUUGUGUUUCAGAGACAUGUUGAGUGCCUAGUCUGUGAUUAGAGACAUGGUCCUUUAGACAGUGAAUCUGAGGUUUAUCUGGACUCUUGAUCCUUAAGAUGGCCUUGGUUCCCUCUGUAGAAAGCCUCUCUACUUUUGAGUUUCUCUAUGACUUCAUGAAGCUUCUUAUCUUCUACCUUUCUCCAUCUAGGCUGUCUUGGCCAUGGGGAGCCGGCAGGGGACAGUCACCUUGGAUGAGUCUAGCCAGAGGAAGAUCAAAUUGAAGUCCUAUGUGCCCUUCUCUUUGUUCACAUAGGAUCCUGUAGGAACUGCUGGCCUAGAAUAUAGGGAACUAUUCUAGAGAAACAUCUGCUUUUGCCCAAAUGCCUAUUAUCAUAUUUCCACUUGGUUUUAUGCCUUCCUUAGAGAAAGCAAAUGUAUGCUUCUCCGAAGCCCCUAGACAAACCUCAUUCUUAUGUGUUGUGGCAGAUAAUCUGUGUAGCAUUGCUAAAUCCUCUAAAGAAAGAGACCCUUGCUUUCUGUUUACCUUUUAGGGACAGACGUGUUUACCAUAGAAGCAGUGUCAGUAUUCUUGUUGGAGAUGGAAGAGAAUGUUUGGAGAUUUCUUUCAAUCGGUGUCCAUCUUUGCUCCUUGCUGAAAACACCAGAAAUAUUUUAGCUUCAGACAUAUCACAAAUCUAAACUUAUGAACAUUUCAAGGAUCUCUGGUGAUAAGGUAGGAAUGUGAAACCAUUACUAAGGUGGAAUUCCCGUUAAUUUCUAGGUUCUGGUUAUAACAAGAAGUGUUUCAAAUGAUGAUCUUUGUUGGUUGUUUCCAUUACUGUCAAAUCAAGAAGGAUGUUCCACAAAUUGGGCAAAAGCUGGUUAAAUUUGUUUAGACUGAAGUUCUGGAAUUUUUCACUUUCUGGGUAGUUGUUUUGAUGAAGUGUAGGUGAAAUCCAGGUGACAUAUAGCAAAUUGCCUUGGGAUGGGAAAUACCAGACCUGUGGGUGUGUCAGGGUUUGUCCUAAUAGCUUUCUUGAAAUAGGGCUUAGGUUUCCACUUGUUAUCUUAUAUCCCAGAAUUCUCUCUUUACCCAUAGGGCCCUUUUCUUCACUCUCUACCCUGCUUUGCCUGUACCCCGCCCUGCCCCAACUUACCCCACCCCACACCACCUCACCCCACUCUGUGUCUACAAUUCCUGGGCAAGUCUUUAGGAAUUGCACCUUGAUUUGGCAGCCGCAUUCCAGAAUUACCUGUGAGGUUGGAAAAACAGCUGUGGGUGGGAACUUAAGGGUACCUCUUUAGUCAAGGAACCUUCUAGGCAGCCCACUGCUUGCCAUCUUGUUAGCUGUGCAUUAGGACUCUUCUUCUCUGCUCCAGUCCCUGAGAUUGGUAUCAGCAUCUUGUAAUGGAAACACUUGAGUUUAUGGCCCACAUUCCAAGAGGCCUUUUUGUAGAAGGUGGUCAGGGCUCCUAACCAUUUGGAAGCCACCGACUAAUGCUGAUGUACCCACGUGUCUCUUCUGGCUUUGGAAUAAUGUUCGUGGGCAAAAAACAUCAAAAAUUACCCUUUAAGGAUGAAAUUGGAUAACUAUGAGAAGGUAGUAGAGAAAUGAUUUAAAAUGUUAUUCUUGUUCAAUUUAGAUUAAAUUAGGAAAUGUUCUCUCUGAAUCACGGAAAUGUAUUUUUUUCCCCCAAAUAAAAUUUAGUAUAAGGAUGGAAAAGUAAUAAUCACAAUAGACUUUGAUCAAUGCAACUGCAUCUCCGAAUUUCCACAUUUAAAAAUAGCCUUGACUGAAGGCUGAAUUGCAUUUCCCAUUAUUAACUGUUGGCUUAAAAAUUUGUAAACUUUUUAAAAUUUGAAAUUUAGUUACAUUCAUGCAGUUUUACAAUCUAGUUUCUGUGGAAGUUUUUUUAAACAAAGAGAAACAUGUACAAACAUCUUCAAAUGUUCCUAAGUGAAUAUUUAAAAUGCAGACUUGCUUCUCCUUUGUGUUUCUAUAUUCAGAUACUUAGAUCUGUUGUAUAUAUUAGUUUAGACACUCACUAAUAUACACAGUAUUUAAGACUCUAAAUGAGAUUUCUUAAGUAUUUUAUUUUAUUCUCUGUAAAUGGUUUUGUAUAAUCUUUAAAAAUCUACACUUUGCCUUUGUAGAUAUUUAAGGGAAACCAUUUGGGGGCUGUCUUGCAUGUAUAUUUUUGUUGUAGAUAAGUAUCUCUUAGUUAUUUCUGCAAAUUUUGGUUGAAAUGCUUACAGACUUUAAUACAGUAUAUAUUUUCAGAAUAUAAACUUUUAUAUUUCUGUGGUAAGUUAGAAUAUGCGUUUUAGGCAAUCUUUUUCAUUAAUAUCACUUGUUCUUUCAAAAAAUAGCAUACUGGUUUGGUGCCAAUGGUUUUGUGUUUUUUUUUUUUUUUUUGUGUGUGUGUGUUUUUUUCCCCCCCAUUAGACUCUAAUGCUCUUAUAUUAUUAGAGAGCAGGUUAAUUAUUUUUUUUCUUGAAGUGUAAUUUGAAAAUGUAUUGCAUUUGUGAAUAAGCCUUACCAUUAGGAUCAGUAAAUUUUCCAACCUUUACAACUACAUAUGUAGUUUAAGAUCUCCCCAUAAAUUCUCACUGUGUGGCAGUUGAUGGAGUUUGUGAACAGAGCCUUAAGCUUGUUGCAAAAAAACAAAACAAAGGGUAAUACGGGUUGUUUCUUCCAAGCAAUGUAAGCCAUGUUGAUGGACGCCAUGCAGUCUGUAAGUUAUGGCUUAUCUGAAGAGUUUGGUUGAGUUGAUGGCUGCAGGGGCCAGUUAGGCACCUUGGUGAUUGUCUUUGGCCAUAUACAUGAACCAAGGACAGGUUUUCUGGAGCCACCUUUGUACUAUUCACAUGAUUCAGACACGGUCACAGGGAGGGCUGCUAGUCCAUCCUUUGUUCUGAACAAAUGGCAUUUCCUGCUCCUGACCCUGGUGGUUGACCCCAGGUUCCUUGUGGGUGACUUGGAAACGUCCAACCUGGCUGAGAUCAGCAUUCCUUGAGAGAUGUUAAUAAAGUUUACAUGUGAGUCUUGUGUAGACAAUCUGAAGUUCUUUUCAGUUAUACAAUCAGCAUUCCCAUGUGUCUUGAGCGUCUUAUCAAUGAACUGUGUGUGUUAAGCCAUACGAAACCCAUGUUUAGCAGGGCAAAGGCAAACUAGAUGCAGAACAUACACAUUGGCUGAGUCCAUCCAACCCAGGCUGUUUUAAUGGAGCACAAGUCAUGGAGCUCAUUGGUGGUGUGUGUCCAUUGUGCUUGAGACCUAGUAAAACCAACUAAAAAUUGGAUUUAAAUUCCCUUAAAAUGAUGAUUCCUUUCAGUUGGUCACAGUACCAACUGAUUCUCUGUUCCUAGGCUUUAAGGAUGAUUUUGAGACCAAGACUAUAGCAUGGCUAAAGUCAAGUUACAAUUUGGUUCAUUUUGAAUAAUAUUCAUAAAGUUAACUUAUCUACCACUGGGAUGGAGAUAUGCUUCAAAUGUUUGCAAGUAUGAAAAGUUGACAUCUAGUUUUAAGCUUCAGCUCCAGCAUUUGUUGGCUUGAUCAUGCCUCAUUAGCCCCACACCUGACCUGAUGCUGGAGCUCAGGGGAUUCUGGGAAGUUUGGAAGGUGUAGAGUUUUCCAUCUAGUAUUUGUCCCUGCGCCAUUAGUCCCAGCUUGAAGUCAUUUGCUGAUGCCCAUGUUGACAGGAUUGUGAAAAUAUUGCCUUUCAUAAAACCAAGGACCAAAGAAUUUCAUUAUUUCAACAAAGCAUGAGUUUCAUAGAUCAUAGGCACAUCGAGACGGAGGUGUGCUUGCUUCAAGGCACAAAGAAACUGCUCGCUUCCACCAACUGCAUACUCCCCCUGGCUGGCCAUACAGAGGGGUGUGUCGUCACCUGGAGAAGGCUCUGAAAGAUGAGUUUCUCAGACGGAAAUUUGCUCUCAGGUGGGUGUUUUUGCAGUCCAAGCCUUUAUCCAUUACGAUCAAAAGUGGAGGUCUGGCACUCUUCCAGGUUCUCUGGCCAGUGUGGACGGCUCCAUCUGAAUAACAACCCCUACGGCCAGUUUUUCAGAUGUGACCGCACUGAAUAGCCAUCCUGCAGUUGCCAAAUUUCCACUUCCUUGUGUUCUACAUUGACCCAUUCCAGUUCCUGAUGAUGUGAGAAGAAUUUUCUUCUAUUCUCACACCAGGUGAUGCUCUCCAUUCUCAUUCAUGAUGCAAUCAUCGAUCCUUUAACUGGUUGAGAAAUGCUUGAUGCUGAAGAGAAGUGGUGUUCUAGUGGUAAGGCUUAUUACCAAACUUCUGAUAACGAAGCAGGCUACCAAAAACUUAUCCAGCCCACCCUAGGAUUGUUUGGGUUUGAUCCUGGAUGUAGCACACACACACCAAAAUCCAAGGAGACCUUUGCAAAUUAGGCUACUCGUUUUCUUUUGUCAUGGGAGAGUCUUGAACUAGUUCUGAAUAUUGUAAGUAUGAGUACUUCAUAGAAUUAUCAAGCAGGUACAGCUGACCCUUUCUCACCGUGUUGUAAAUAUUUUCCUGAGACUGGGUGCAGUACUGGGGGAUAAUAAUCUGAUUUAUCAAAUGCUGACUGUCUAGAGCAAAUUGUACACUCUCUUUGUGAAUGGUCCUGUAACGUGUAUGAACACAUUUCUGGGUGCCUUAGAAGUUGUAUUUUCAUGUGUGCUAAUAUGCAGUAUUUAUACAUUGUGAAAAGCUGCUUUGAAUAAAAAGGUUGAAACUU